CCUACACUCUACAUUUUGCAUUUUUUGCAUCUGCCAUCCCAUUGCUGUCCGCCGGCUACGGCGAAUGACGUCCAGCUCUUAGGUGUCGCCCGAACCCGGUACUUGACUUGGGCACCGAGCGAUGCCUAAAAACCCAUGUACCUCCCGAGCAUCUCAUCCCGGGUCUGAACUCUGCCGGGUGCUGCCGAACAAAGGGCCAAGGCAUUGCCCUGGCAUGUUUCAACCUUUCAACCCCAAUCCGCACCCAGCCUGUUCCUAUUCUUGUACUUGACCUCCCCUGCUCCGGUCUUUUCCUUUUUCCAGUUACAGUCCCUCCCCGGGCAGGUCUCGCGAUCAUCAAUUCCCACUCUCCAGAUUGUGGCUGUACCUAGCUACCAACAAUCCCAACUAAUGUCCCGAUAUGCUUCAUUGCAUGAACGAUAGUCUGGGGAACCGCGUCUAGCACUCGGCAAGCACACACUAUUCGGAACUAAUUCCGGGUACCAUUCGAGAUGGAGAUAACACCUUGACCGCAUCCCAUCUAAGACGGCUUGAGUCCAUUGCGGAGGUAGUCCGCGACGACGUCAUUCGCCGACACCGGGUCGUUAUGUAAUCAUCAUCUACAACCGUUCAGCCAAUCAGAUACGACCCCUAUUGUGCCUCGGAUGCUGCUCGGGACAGCUCCUGGCGGGGAAGACGCCCCGUGCCCGGGCUUCAAGGCCAUGUUCCCGCCAUGAUGGCGGUACGAUUUCUCCCCAACCCACCGUGAGGAAGAGUCAAUUGAUCAGUAGUAGCCAUGAUGUAUCGCAACGCCUUGAGAACAUGCGCGACGCGAUGCGCCGCAAAGCGCACCUUGCCCGCCGCGAGAACCUUCGCUUCCGCCUCUGAUGGCCCGGUCUUCAACUGGGAGGAUCCCUUGAACGCAAAGAACCUCCUGACUGAGGAGGAGGUCGCCAUUUCUGAGACAGCUGAGCGGUACUGCCAGGAGCGCAUGCUGCCGCGUGUCCUUCAGGCCUACCGCGACGAGCAAUAUGACCAAAAGAUCCUCGAGGAGAUGGGCGAACUGGGGCUCCUCGGAGCAACAAUUGAGGGCUAUGGAUGCGCCGGUGUCUCUACCGUUGCCGGAGGACUCAUCACAAAGGCCGUCGAGAGAGUCGACAGUGGCUACCGUUCUGGCAUGUCCGUCCAGUCGUCGCUGGUCAUGGGUGGCAUCGCGGAGUUCGGUACCGAGGAGCAAAAGGAGAGAUUCCUGCCAAAGAUGGCCACAGGAAAGAUGCUCGGCGCGUUUGGUUUGACAGAACCCAACCACGGCAGCGACCCCGGCUCCAUGGAGACGACGGCCAAGCCUCACCCGACCAAGGAGGGCUACUACUCUCUUUCUGGUGCCAAGACGUGGAUCACAAACUCGCCCAUUGCCGAUGUGUUGAUGGUCUGGGCGAAGCUGCAAGAAACGGGCAAGAUCAGAGGGUUCCUGGUUGAACGGUCUCAGUGCCCGCCCGGCACUCUCGAGACGCCAGCCAUCAAGAACAAGAACGGCCUGCGAGCCUCCAUCACAGGCAUGAUUCAGCUCGACGACGUCCCCGUCCCCAAGGAAAAUAUGUUCCCCUCCGUCGAGGGACUGCGAGGCCCCUUCUCGUGCCUCAACAGCGCGAGAUACGGUAUCUCCCUAGGUGUCAUCGGUGCCCUUGAGGACUGCAUUGCCCGCGCUAGGACAUACUCACUCGAGCGAAAGCAGUUCAAGGGUAACCCCAUCGCCAAGUACCAGCUCGUACAGAAGAAGCUCGCCGACGCUGCCACCGACGCGGCCUACGGUACCGUUGCCGCGAUCCAGGUUGGCAGACUCAAGGACGAGGGCAAGGCGACGCCUGAGAUGAUCAGCAUGGUCAAGCGUCAGAAUUGCGAUCGGGCGCUGCAGAAUGCCCGCGUGUUGCAAGAGAUCUUUGGUGGUAACGCUGUCAGUGACGAGUAUGGUAUCGGGCGCCACGUUGCCAACCUUUUCGUAACGCAGACGUACGAAGGACAGAGUGACAUUCACAGUCUCAUCUUGGGUCGUGCCAUCACUGGUAUCCAAGCCUUCGUGUAAUAAUGUGAGAUGGGAAAAUGUGGUCUUGUAUAUUACCUUGACGCCGGGGAACGGGUACGGUGGAUCAAAACAUACAAACCUUGAAUGAGAAACUUGCGAAAGCUAUGCCCAC